UAGUAGUACAUAGUUAGUAGUACACAGUGAAAUUCCGUUCGACAAAGGAAAAAUCUAGAAAUACGGUGCUACGUAUUUAUAAUAUCUAAUACCACGUGGUCACACGUUUUGCAGCGUAAGCUACACAGUGAAAUUCCGUUCGACAAAGGAAAAGUCUAGAAAUACGUUUCCACGUAUUUAUAAUUAAUCAGCAUUAUGAGUGUCAUAGAAAAAGUACAGAAAAAUGACAAAUUUUACAUAGUUUUACUGAAGGAUGGCUUAGUUACAGUACCGAAACAAUGGUUAAUAGAUGACAAGAAAUAUACAUAUUGGCUAUCUGAUGUAAAUACAGCACAACGUAUGAAUUUAAUUAAAUCUUGUGCCGAAGUAAACUUAGAAUGGGAAAAAUACGAGAUAGAAUGUAGAUAUGGAACAAAAACUUAUAAAAGGGCUCGAGAAAAGGAAAAAUUAGCAGAGAAAAUAUCCGACAUUAAUACUAUACUUCAGAUGAAGAAGAAAAUAAACGUAAAAGAAAAUUACGCUGUAAGAAAACUUUAACUACUUCUGAAUCUGAAGAUAAUGCUUCUGUUGCUGCAAAAUUGCCAAAAAGAAAUAAACCUCCACAAUUGACGUAUCCAGAACCACCAACUUCAAAAAUUACAUCUGUGUCCAGUUUAAAUAUGGAUUACAUUGACACAAAUAAAUUAGAUUCCAAUAGUGAGAUUGAAGAAGACAUUGAUAAGUAUCACAAAUCAAACAAUUCAAAUCCUCGGAAAAAUACAAGUAAUAACUCUGUUGUAAAAAAUUUGGCAUGUAACAAAAGUCAAGAAGCUACGGGUAAAAGUUUGGCAUAUAACACAAAUAAAGAAGCUACGG